UCAUAUGUACUUCAUGCGUAAACUGAUGCCAGAAACAAGAUUGUGUUGCUCAAAGGAGGUUUAAGGCAAUAAGUGAUAGGACCGCUCGUUUACACAAAACGCUAUGAAGAUAAUGUGCAGUAGCUCAACACUAACAUGAAUUUGUCGGUUGAGGCGGAGCGCUUCUAACAAGAGGAAAGAUUUUGAAGUUUCUUGGAACACACGACACUCGGAUUAUUAAAAGCGCUUUGUUUUUUUCCUGCAAAGACUUUUGAGUGGACAAUAAAGACAGACAACCUCUCUCUUUUUAAUACCGCGCAAAAACGUUGAAAGUGCUUUUACAACGUUUUGACUUCUUUCCUGUAUUCAAACUCCAUACAAAUAUCGGCAGGCAAUGGUGAACAGCCGUGUGGAAUCUACUGCCGUUGCAGUAACGGGAGGUAGUGGAGGAGCGGUGCGCUCCUGUGCGGGCUGCAGAGGUCGGAUCUUGGACCGCUUCCUGCUCUUCUCAAUGGAUCGAUACUGGCACAUGCACUGUCUCAAGUGCUCCUGCUGCCAGGCCCAGCUGGGAGAGAUUGGCAGCACCUGCUUCAGCAAAGGAGGCAUGAUCCUCUGUAGGAACGAUUACAUCAGAUUGUUUGGUCACAGUGGUGCUUGCAGUGCAUGUGGACAGUCGAUCCCUGCCAGUGAGAUGGUGAUGAGGGCCCAGGGUAACGUCUACCAUCUAAAGUGUUUCACUUGUGCCACAUGUCGAAAUCGCUUGGUGCCUGGUGACCGAUUUCACUACGUCAAUGGUACCAUCUUCUGUGAGCAUGACCGACCAGGUGGUGGUUUGCUCAGUAGUCACCUGACCCCCCUGCAGAGCAAUACCCUCCUGCCUGACCAAAAGGUUUGCUGAGCAAACAUGGAAUUAUAAUUUGCAGUGUGCCUUCUAUUCAUCUUUCUCCUAUUAUUGACACCUGCCUCUCAUCUUCCCUCUAUUCUCUCAUUGUGAAUGUCCUCCCACACCCAAGAUCUUCCACUCCACUAUGUGCAUAAAGCCACCUUCGAAGAAUACAGAGCUACGCAAGUACAAUGAGUCUUUUGCGAGACAAUCACCCCCUUAUGAGGGAAACAUUAUCAAGUUGACAAAAGACAUCGAGGAUGAAAAUUACCAUAUGCACUCAUUUGUGGCCUUUCUGGGACUGCCUGACCUUGAAAGACUUAGACUCCAUAAAUGAGCAGUUCUCUAUAGCUGGGUGAUACUCAUUGUUUUUUCCCCUUUGAGAAGUUUCUCAUGAAUGUUAUGGAUGUUACAUAACACUAUGGACUAUGGAGGUCUAUGGAUGUUUUUGUAUGUUAGUAUGAUGAUAAAUAUCUCGCUCACAAAAAGAAUUCCAUAGUUCAAGUGACUGUUAAAACACUCCUUCAUUGAGCAUGUGAUUGUUCACAUUUUGUUCAAGUGGCGGUUGCCAUUUAUUUACAGGACCUUUUCACUUUAAGUGCAAGUUUUCUCUCUUUUUUUUAAAGUUCUGGUGGCUCUGGUGCCUAAAAAUAUUUUAUGUUGAGUUUUCCCUCCUUUGUCAGUUACUUCCUAUUAGCAAGUAAUUAUACACAUGCACCGUACAGAUAUUUGAAGCACUCCUAUUGAAAGAGCCAUAGUCUGUAGAGGAAAAAGCUUGUUUUUUUUAUAUUUAUUUUUAUGAUUUGGUUGAUUUUAAAUAAUAUGUCUGUAUGCAUAUCCUCUAGAGACUGGUAUUCAGUGUCUGCCAAGACUUUUGCUUAAAAGCUGGGAGAGUGGGGGAGGAGGAGAGUGAAUUUGUAAAUAUUUAUUUUUUGUGCUGUUGUAUCGUGUUAAAUGGUGGAUCUGUUUCCUUGCACACUUUGUUUAAAUGGAGGAACAUUCAAAAUGUUAUAAGAUAUCUGUAAAGGAUUAAAGUACUUAAUUAAAUAACUAUAACCAUCACAAAUACAGUGUUAAAGGUUUUGGCUUGGCAUGUUUGUCUGUCUGGAUACUGGAAAGCGAGGCAGCUCACAAUUAAUUCCUGGUCAAAGAGUGGUUCAUUACCUCCAUAUUUCAACACAAGCUCUUGCAUCUGCAUCAUUAAAGAGAGUAUUGUAAGGCAUUUGGACUGGCACUUUCUCUUCUGUCUUUAUUUCAAUCUGUGGGUCUUGCUAAAGGGAGGUCUGAUGCAUCAUUGACAACUGCUUAUCAAAAACUAAAUUUAUUCCCAAGUUUUUUUUUUUUUCCCCGGCUGGUCCCUCUCUUAGGAUUUCAUUACUUCCUCUAAAUCUGUCUUUUUCUGAUCUGAUUUGCUGAGGUUUGAAAAGUUCUCAUUAUGGCAUUUCAGUAAUUGCUUUUUGGCAUUUAACUCCCCUAUCUUGUUUAUUUAAUUAGCUCAUUAAACCAUCUCUCUUUUUUCACUUCUGGACGCAAUCACAAGGUGUUCCUUU